AUGAAAUCUAAGUACAUUUCUUCUUGCCAUUGUCAGGCAGCUGCAAUUAAUUGCUUGACAGUAGCUCUUUCUGUUUCACCAUCCUCUGUACAUGUCAACAACUUACUUCUAGUGGAAGCUUCAACAGGAUUUCUUGAUGGUCAACGGAAAUUUGGAGUUUUAUAUACCUUAUUUCAUUAUUCCAAACAGUUAACAAGCCCUUCAGUAAGCUUAGAAGCACUCCAGCCUGAGAAAUGUUUGCCUGCACGAUAUAAUGAUGUGGCAGUAGUGGUUCGUAAGACAAUUAUGCGGUUCUUUCUCUGGUGUAGAUUGAAGGUUUACUAUUGGAAGUUGAUGUUGACAGCUGCUAGGCUUGGCCUUCUGUUCAAGUGCCACAUUGGGAGAUGCCUUGACAUUCAUCCCACCUAUGUUUGUGAUGUCCUCGAUGCCUUCGUCUGCAAUUCUGUGCAUGGUCUGGAUGCUUGA